AUGGCAGGGCAUCGGGCUCAGAGGGGCCUUCUGCUGCUGCUGCCGCUUUCGCUUUGCCAAGCGGCGCUCUUCGACCUGGACCUGGGCGGAGUGACGCGGCUGCCUUUGUGGGAGCCCACGCUGGAGGAGUACUUCCCUGACCGCAGCGCGGGGGAGUUGGGCCUGGCGUCCCCGGUGGUGUUGACCAGCCCCACCCGGGAGGAGUUCCUCUUCCAUGCGCGGCGGGGGUAUCCCAUCGUGAUCGCAGACUGGGCGGAGGGCAUGAAGUACACGGGCUGGAGCUGCCAGGACUUUGCAGAUGCCUUCCCCUUUGGCUACAUGAAGGCGGAAUACAUCGAUGACUUGCCGGGCUUCAAGCGCAGCCAGCACGACACCAAGGUGAUCGAUGGGGAGAUGCGCUUCAAGCUCGGCUCCUUCAAGCCUGACGGGAAGACCUGGUGGUACAACUUCUCGCGGCCCGCCUCAAAGCGGUACAAGGACGACCCGCUGAAGCCCAAGCAGGGGCCCUACGUGUGGCACGUGAAGGAUGAGCUCAGCCCCAAGGAGAAGAAGAUAGUACAGCAGCGCUUCGAGUCGCCAAGCUUCCUGCAGGAUCCCCUGAACAGGGCAAAGAUGAACCGCAGCUUCGAGGUGUGGUUUUCCCCUGGCGCCUACUCAGGCGCAGGUGCCCACAACGAUGGCUACUGUGAGUCGGUGGUUUCCCUGCAGCUGCGCGGUGACAAGCGCUGGCGGAAGAUGAUGCUGCCGAAGAUGUCCUUUUUGGACUCCUUCGACGAGUUCGAUGGCGGCGUCUACGACGCUGGCAAGUGGGACCCGGACCUCGCGUUCCUGAACAGUGCCAGGGGAGCUGUGAUUUGGCCCCCGGGCUACCUGCACGAGACCUCCACCUUGCCGCCACCCGAUGGGAAGUGCGGGUCUGCGCUGACUCUGCAGUACGCCUUCCCGCAGCCCGUGCAGUUCUUGCGCGCGUUCCUCCCGCGGCUGUCGCUGUCGGCGGAGGUGGGCCACUGCGUGGGCAUGCAGUGGUCGGGCUACGCCACCAUGGAGGUCAAGGGCAUCGGGCCCACGGCCAAGGAGCAGAAGAUGAAGGAGCAACUGCGGAAAAUUCUGGAGCUAGUGGACACCGACCAGGACGGGGAGAUUACUGUGGAGGAGACCAAGGCCUGGUUCGCAGACUCCCGGUCCCUGGCCUUGCAGCGGCUGCCGGACCCCGAGUUCGUGAAGCACAAGGACCUCCUCAUCGCCUACAAGGCAGAGGAUACCGUCGCGUACCACGACAUGAACGACGACGGCAAGGUGUCGCGGCAGGAGCUUUGGGAUUCCUUGGUGCAGUGGAAUGUGGUGCGGGUGCGGGUGCAGGAGGGCCUGAAGCUGCUCAACCGGGGCGACCGCAAAGGCUUAGAGGCUCUGGAGCGGUCCCUGGACUACCUGCGGCGAGAGCCCCUGAAGCUGCCGAAGAAAGUGAGGCCGGAGAUGCAGGACAUCUUCCAGCACGCCAAGGGCUCCAAGCUCUUCCGCUCCCUGAACGGCAUCACCUCCAUCUCCGACUCAGAAUUCUGGAGCCCUGCGCGGGACGCGCUGGAGGAUCUGCGCCGGCGAAAGGAGCUGUAG